AUGGGAAAUCAGACAAUUUUGAACGAAUUAUUUUUCUCUGGCCUGUCUGAUGUUCCAGGUCUCCAGUUUCCUCUUUUUCUGUUCUUCCUUCUCAUCUACCUUCUGACAUCAAUCUGGAAUUUGCUGAUCAUCGUCCUCAUAGUCACCGACUCUCACCUCCAUGUUCCUAUGUAUUUCUUCCUUGGGAACCUGGCCGGUUUGGACCUCUGUUAUUCCUCAGUCACCGUCCCACGAAUGUUAUUUGACCUUCACACCAAAACAAGAAAAAUUUCUAUAAGGGCUUGUAUAACCCAAGUCUUCUUCUUUAUAUUUUUCAUGGGUUGUGAGGCUUUUCUGUUGGCUGUCAUGUCCUACGAUCGAUAUAUCGCCAUUUGUCAGCCAUUACAUUACACACAGGUCAUGCUUUGGAAAGUGUGUAUACAGUUGGUGUCCAUUGUAUGUUGUCUCAGCUUUACCAAUUCUUUAAUUCACACUCUUUCUGCCUUCAGUUUAACAUUUUGCAAAUCAAAUAUUAUAGAAAGUUUCCUCUGUGAUCUUCCACAAUUGUUUCGGCUCUCCUGCAGUGACAUGUUCAUCAGCAUUCUGCUCAUUUUUCUCUCAACCUUGAGUUUAGGGGUCGCUGCCUUUUCUGUCACUUUUCUCUCCUAUGUUUAUGUCUUUAAAACCAUUGUGGGAAUAAAAAUGAAAGACGGACGGUUGAAGGCUUUCUCCACCUGCAGUUCCCACCUCACGGUGGUCUCCAUCUAUUAUGUGACUUCCUUCUUCAAUUACUUCCAGCCACAAGCCAAGAAUUUUCUAGCAGGCAGACUGGUGUCGGUGGUUUGUAGAUUGCUGUCUUUAUUUUACACAGUUGUCACCCCUCUCCUAAACCCGAUUAUAUACAGCCUGAGAAACACUGACCUCAAAAGAGCUCUUCAGAAAGCUCUAUCGGGAAAGGGCUUCAUACCAUGA